AUGGGAGAAUUGAAAAAGCUGGUGGAAGAAGGAAAAAUUAAAUAUGUUGGAUUAUCUGAGGCAUUGGCAUCAACGUUCAGAAGAGCCCAUGCUGUGCACCCCAUAACUGCCAUACAACUAGAAUGGUCCUUGUGGUCGAGAGAUGUUGAAGAACAUAUUAUUCCUACUUGCAGAGAACUUGGGAUAGGGAUUGUUGCAUACAGUCCUCUCGGACGGGGAUUCUUCUCAUAUGGCCCGAAGGCUCUCAAGGAGUUGGAAGAUGGCGACAUACGUAAGCACAUACCGAGGUUCCAACCCGAAAAUCUUGAACACAACAAGAUCUUAUACGAGAGGGUUAAAGAAAUCGCGUCAAAGAAGGGGUGCACAACUUCACAGCUAGCAUUGGCUUGGGUUCACCACCAGGGAAAGGAUGUUGUUCCCAUUCCAGGAACCACCAAGAUCGAAAAUCUUGAACAGAACAUAGGAGCUUUAUCUGUUAAGCUAACACCAGAAGAGAUGACGGAACUUGAAUCCAUUGCAUCUUGUGUAUCAGUCAAGGGGGCUCGAGAUGGGCCUGGUAUUUCCACAUAUCUAGACUCGGAGACUCCUCCGCUGUCACCUUGGAAACCUUGAUCUUAAUCAAUGCUAUGGGUCGUAUGUUGCUAUCAGUUUUAUAGCUACAGGUUUUUGUAUGUUGGUUGUCACAUGCUUGUAUACUUAUAUCAGCUUUGUUUUCAUGUA